AUGACUGCCCGUCCUCUGUCACACUGCCUCCGCACCCGCUGCGUCCGUCGCAACCCCCAGAACAUCCAGGGCUUUUCUACGCGAAGCAACCUCCGCGGCGGCGCCGACCAUGGCGACCACUACGACCCUCCGACCGGUUACCUCUUCGGUGUCAAGCCCGGCCAGAAGUACGUGAAGGAAGGCUGGGAGAACGCUUGGUACUACGGAUUCAUCGGCAGCCUGCUCGUUGCCGGUGUCGCAUACGUCUUCAAGCCUGACACCUCGAUACAAACAUGGGCUCUGGAGGAAGCCCGACGGAGGCUGGAAGCCGAAGGUAUCCUCGAGGAUCCUCAGCGCAAGUGA